AACAACCGGGAGGAUUUUCUCCUUUUAUCCCCGGGUUGUAUCCACAAUCCCUGCCCCAAACUAAUAACAUCCCCCCGGUCGUUCCGACAAAUCUGAUCGGGGAGAUGGACAAAGCUGGUCCAUCCCGGUCCAGAAGGAGUCGGUCCCGGAGGUCGCGCACACAGAUCACGCCUGAUGGUGAUGUGCGCUCAGUCCAUAGCAGGGAUGAGGAUUGGAAUGUAUCCCAGGCUCAAAAGAAGCUGAAGGGAAAAGCUAUUCAACCUGAAGGGUCCAGGAGGUCAGCGUUUCAAAGGCUUGGCCACGAGGGCAGAAAUCAAAACCGGCCUGCCAAAGAACGACUAGGAGUGGAAACAACCCCGUUGAGUGCUUUUGAUCGCCUGGGUAGAGGGGCCGAGCGAACUGGUCGGACCAGGCGCACGGAACCUCCCCACCGCGAAGAGCCCCAACAUAGCCGGGCGCCCCAUGGAGAAGAAGAAGCGGAGAGCCACCCUAGGCACACGAUCCGCUCCCAUGUUGAACAACCCCGGGAUCGUGUGGGCCAGGUCGAAGCACAUUUGGGGAAGCUGCAGCGCCGGGUGGACCGGGAUGAAAAGAAGAAAAUCCUGUUGAACGAAUCUCCGUUCACAGACCGGGUUCACGAGACCCCAUUUCCAAAGAAAGCAAAGUUGGAGGUCCCGAAGUUUACCGGGAAUGAGGACCCGGAAAUACAUGUCAAAACCCUUCAUCAAAGUGGAAGGAUGAUGAGCCUUUCGGGGGACGAAAAAUGUUUACUUUUCUUCCAAACCCUCCGCGGCCGAGCUGCUGAGUGGUUUCAUAACCUACCGGCCGGUGAGAUCGAUUCCUUCGAUGAGCUGGCCGAGGUGUUCCAAGAGAAGUUCAAGGAAAACUGCACCAAGAGGAAAAAGUUCACCUACUUGAGCACGGCCGGGCAGACGGAGCACGGGGAUUUAACGAAAUUCCUCACCCGGUGGAAGGAUGAAGUCGAUAAAGUCGAGGAGAUGGACGACAAAACCGCCAUGUCCCUCCUAGUGUCCGGACUCCGGUCCGGAGAAUUGUAUAAAGAGUUCUGCAGGAGACCACCCCUGUCAUACCAAGAGGCCUACAACACGGCCUGGGAUUAUGCUGACGCUGAAGCACACGUGUCAUCCAAGAGGGAGGCCGAGCAGGGCCAUUCCAAAGGGAAAAUUUCCUUGAAAAGGAAAUUGAACAGCCCGGGAGGGCGAAGGCGGAAGUCAUGGAGUGUGAAGGGAGUAAUUAAGCAGAUGAUCGAGGCCGGGGAGAUCGAUCCUGAGUAUCUAGCUCAGGCCAAGCAAAAGAAAAACCAAUGGAUCAGGCCUGAAGGGAAGCCGGUCGAACAGAAUAAGAAGAAGAAAGCACCCGGUAAAGAGCAUUUGCAGGUAAGACGGGAGCCGAUCACCUUUACUGACCGGGACCUCCCCGCCACCAGAGAAGAUCACAAUGACCCCCUGGUCAUAACUAUGGACAUGGGUGGAGUCGAUGUCUCCCGGGUACUCGUUGACACGGGCAGUAGUGUCAACGUUUUGUACUUGGAUGCAUUUGAAAAGCUCAAGUUGUGUCGGACACGGCUUGAGCCCUUAAAGACUCCCCUGUCCGGGUUCACUGGGGACUCUGUUGAAGCUGAAGGGUCAAUCCUUCUGACUUGUGAGUUGGGCACAGGAGACCAGCUCGUCCAAAAACAAAUGAGGUUUGUGGUAGUGAACAUCAAAUGUGUUCACAACGCCAUCCUAGGCCAGCCUGGAAUAAACAAGGUCAAUGGUGAGAUGGAAGUUAAAGAGGAUCGCCUGGCCCGAUAUAGUGACCUGAUCCGAGCACUUCUAAGGGAGUUAGAAGAGUUUCGUCUAACCAGGAUACCCCGGUCGGAAAACACUGAUGCUGACAUGCUUUCAAAAUUGACACAAACCUGCCCAGAGAAUGUAUCGAAGUUGGCAAAGGUUGAGAUACUGGACGUACCGAGCGCUGACCGGUUUGAGGUCGUGGCUAUCCAGCCCAGCCAGACUACGGCAACCGGGAUAAUUGGAGCAGAUGAUGACUGGAGGUACGAACUCAUGGAGUAUCUGGAGACCGGUCAGAAACCAGAUGAUGAGGAACAAGCCAGGAAGGUGGUCCUGCGGGCUCCUCGUUUUCAGGUAAUCGAUGGUCACUUGUACAAACGUGCCAUUGGUGGACCUCUCCUACGCUGCCCUACCAACUCGGAGGCUGAACGGGUAAUAACUGAGGUGCAUGAGGGAGUUUGUGCAGCCCAUCAAAUGCCCCGCACUUUGGCUCAAAGGAUAAUAUUGCUUGGCUACUACUGGCCGACCAUUGUUGGAGAUUGUGAGCGAGUGACUUCAAGGAGAGCGACUGGAGAGACUCCUUUCGUGCUCACUUACGGAUGUGAAGCCCGGCUACCAGUAGAGGCAGAAAUUCCAACAUUUAGAGAAACCGUGUACCAGCCCGGUCAGAAUGAGGCUGACCAUCUAGCUGAAUUGAAUCUGGUGGAAGAACGAAGGACCAUAGCAGCUGUCAAGAUGGUCGAUUACCAGCAGUCAGUAAAGAGGUAUCAUGACAACCGGGUGGGCCCAUGAUAUUUCCAAGUGCAUGAUGAAGUCUUACGCAGCAGGGAUGCUAGUAAGCCUAAUGAGAGAGGCAAGCUAGUACGAAACUGGGAGGGACCCUAUCGCGUAAAAGCAAUCGUCAAACCGGGCACUUACCAACUGGAGACUAUGGAAGGUGGCUGGGUUGACCGACAUUGGAACUCUCAUCACUUGCGUAAAUUCUUUAGAUAGAGUGUAAUGAGUUCCCUAGACGUCAAUAAAACUUUGUUCUUUUC